GCCCCGCCUGUCCCGGCCGCGCCGCUCGCUCCGAGCCUUCGCCAUGGCCUUCGCCACCCGCCACUUCGUGCGCGCCGCCUCUUCCGACGCCGCCACGGCGGCCGCCAAGAAGCUGCUCAUCAAGCAUGUCACGAUCAUCGGCGGCGGCCUCAUGGGCGCCGGUAUCGCCCAGGUUGCAGCAGCCAGUGGUCACACUGUGGUGUUAGUUGACCAGUCAGAUGAAAUCCUUAAAAAGUCUACAAAAGGAAUUGAAGAGAGUUUGAAGAGAGUGAUAAAGAAGAAGUUUGCAGAUAAGCCUGAGGAUGGUGCUGAGUUCAUUAAGAAGACCUUGAAGAACCUCACAACAAGCACAGAUGCAGCAUCAGUGGUCCACAGCACGGAUUUGGUGAUAGAAGCCAUUGUGGAGAAUCUGGAAGUUAAAAAUAACCUCUUCAAGACGCUGGAUAAGUUUGCUCCAGAGCAUACGAUAUUUGCAAGCAACACUUCAUCCUUGCAGAUCACAAAGAUGGCAAACGCAACCACCAGGCAGGACCGAUUUGGGGGUCUGCAUUUCUUCAACCCUGUGCCUAUGAUGAAGCUCGUGGAGGUCAUCAAGACUCCAAUGACCAGCCAAAAGACUUUUGAAUCACUUGUGGAUUUCAGCAAAGCAGUAGGAAAGAGUCCAGUCAGUUGUAAGGAUACCCCAGGGUUUAUUGUAAACCGUCUCCUGGUGCCAUAUAUGAUGGAAGCUGUUCGUCUUUUUGAGAGAGGAGAUGCAUCAAAGGAAGAUAUUGAUGUUGCUAUGAAGCUGGGGGCUGGCUAUCCCAUGGGUCCAUUUGAACUGCUGGACUAUGUUGGGUUGGAUACCAGUAAAUACAUUAUAGAUGGAUGGCAUUCAUUAGAGCCCAACAAUCCUCUUUUUGCACCCAGCCCACUCCUGAAUAAACUGGUAGAAGAAAAGAAGCUGGGUAAAAAGACUGGAGAAGGAUUUUACAAAUACAAAUGAACUCCAGACCUGAAGAGGUGUUAAACUAUCUAUAUAUGCAAUUCAGCAUUGCCAUAAUACAGGUGUUUAAACCUUCCCAAGGGUGGCACAAGCUGCAUUUAGAACAUAACUCACUUGUGAACUGAGUGAUUGCACUAGUUAACUAUGGUCAACGCUUGAUUUGGUAGAUUGUUUUUUCUUGUAAUUCCAAAAAUUUUCUUUGUACAGUGCCUUCAUGAAAUGUUGAUUUUUCUCAGGUGCAGUACAGAAUGACAAGUGAAUUUAUGUGUUUGAGACGUUAUUAUAUUGAUGGGGAAAAUCCUAAAAAUAACCUCACUUUCUUAAAAAUAAAACUUUCAACAAUUUUGUAUUGAGUGUGAGGGCUUGCAGUUGUGUCUUGGAUGGAGCCCACAGGGUGGCAGUCUCUUCCCACACUGGCAAAUGCAGCCUGGAAAGGCAGUGGGUUGUUUUGUUAGGAUUUUUCUUAAGUGCACUGCUAAUCUGUAGAUGUAAAUUACAGUGCCUUGAACAAUAAUGUUUUGAAAAGACAUAUUCAAAAACAAAUAAAGAAUCCCACAAUGACAGGCUGCUCCCCAAACAGAAGGUUCCCAAUAAAGCAUUUAAAAGCUCA